CUCCAAGAGACCAUGCUUGGUUGAGGUAGCUGUAACAACACUUAUUCGUCUCUUCAGGACUUGUCGAAUCGCCAACAAUAGUUUCCCUCACCGAACAAGCCCUUCGCUAUGCCUUCGGAACAGACAACGGCAGAUUCUAAAUUUCGUCAACACGAGAUCCACUUUUGACCGUUCAACAAUCAGCCAUUUCUACUUCUAUUCUGCUUGCCUUCACACAUAGUACCUUUGGCAAGGCAUAGCUACGGGACAGGAUGAAAACAUCGGGUGGACAGAUCUAUGACUUGUAUUAUGGAACUUCUUCUACGACGAGUGUGGGGGCACUUUGGAUUGGAUGCUUCCUCGUGCUACUUUUUGUUGGAAGGUCACUCUAUCUACUUCGUUCUGUUCGUAAGAUUCGACAGAUGAAAGAUCCAAGAACGGCAGCAAGUAGUUUCCCGCACUCUGGAUCAUCAGUCAAACCAACAACGAAACCACUCAAAACUUUGGUUGUCUUGGGGUCGGGGGGUCAUACGACAGAAAUGUUGUACUUGAUCCAAAAUCUAAAUCCUGAUCAUUACAGCCCAAUAGUCUUGACCGUCGCCACCACCGAUACUACUAGUAUCAAACGUGUUUCAGCUCACCCACAUGUGCUUCCUAUACAGGACAAGGAAAAUUUGGAGGAGAAUAGCAGCAGUAGUAGUCACAACGGCCAACGAGUCUAUCGAAUACCACGCAGUCGGGAAGUUGGUCAAUCUUACUGGUCGUCGAUUCUGACAACACUGUACAGCUUCGUCUUUGCAUUCUGGCUCGUAGGGUUUCAGGUAAGAGCGUCAAAUAAGUUAAACAAAACCUUUUCCUGUAUCGAUUGCUCGAGUGCCCUGAGCGACUGUUUGGUUUGUGGCUCAUCUAUCGAGAUUGACAUAUUCUAUGUUGUCUUUUUUUACCGAAUGUCCCUUUCUAUUUUCUAGGUUCAACCGGACCUGAUACUUGCCAAUGGACCUGGAACAUGUUUACCGAUUGCGUUUAGUGCCUUUUUCUUCCGCAUUGUUGGGUGGAAACCCAGAACAAGGAUUAUUUUCGUAGAAUCUUUUUGUCGUGUGAAGAGGUAAGGUAUUUUGCAGACUUGGCGCGCUUUUUCAUUAUUGUUCCCGACCCUGUUUGCUACGCUGCUAUGAUAGGCAAUGGAUUCAUCAUUUGACAGGCUCGUUGAUUUGUAUGGCCAUCUUUACGCUUCAAUCCCAUAAAAUUGGUGUCAUCGCGUCGAUUCACCCUGUCGUUCUGAUCUGUUGUACUUUGUUCUUUUAGUCUCUCGCUCACAGGCAAGCUCAUAUAUCCGAUUGCCGAUCUUUUUGCAGUCUGCUGGCAACAAUUACAUGAAAAAUAUCCUCUAACAUAUCUCGUAACAUCCUUUGUCCCAAAAACAGAGAAUGUGAACAAGAGCUAUACGAAAGAUGAAUAGAGUAGCAUAUUUCCCAUUUAAUUUUUUCUAUUCAUUUUCAAUGUUGACGUAGCAACUUGUAUCUGAUGGACAAUACAGAAUUCAGUGUAUCCAUCUCUUAUCGCGAUCAUUUGGUAGCUAUCGUCAUUCACGGCUGUUCGAUGCGUCGUGUCCAUGCGGAGAAAUUAAAAAUUGUGAUUUCAUUAAUUUUUCAUGGAAUAACCUUAUUCUCGAUUA